CGCAGCUGCGCCAAAUAGUCUUAUUGCCGUUUCUGGGAAAUUUUUCGUUUGAUUUUGUGUUGAAGUGCUUCAUGCAGAAUGGCUGAAGAAGAGCUUGAUGCUGACUACAUCUUGGCAGUGCCGGAGGAAAAUCUGCAUUCUGAUACAUUAGUUUCAAACACAAUCACCCUAGAUGAGGAGGACAUUUUCCAGUGUGGUCGGUGCCGAACCCAGUUCUCCGCUCUCACAGAUUUUGUGCUGCACAAACAGGAAGAAUGUGGAGGAUUGCCAGGAGCGAUGGUAUCCACUCUGGCCCCCUCGCCGCCGCCACCGCCUCCCCCUCCCAGCCUGCGCAGCCCGGAGGAGGCGCCCCGCACUCAGGAGAAGCUGGUCCGCACCUACUGCCGUGCUGCUCCCUCGGUGGUGGACCGGCCACUGACGCACGUGCCAUUGGAUGAUGACGUCACACCGCCCGGGGGCGAUCUGUCUGAGCGCCUCAUCCUCGACAACGACGCCAUGGAGUUCUCCAUCGAGAUCCCCGACUCGGAGGUCCAGACGGUGGCUACCAUCCCCUCUCUGCGCGGCGACGACCCGGCCGCCGUGGCGCUCCUGGAACAGGAGUGUCUGGAGCUGGAUCGGCUCGAUCCAUCCUCCACAGCUCAGACCGCCGCGCCCGCUGCCAAAAACACGUGCGAUGUGUGCCACAAGGCCUUCAGCAAGCGGUUCGACUUGCUGCAGCAUCAGAGGAAGCAUACCGGUGAGAAGCCGUUCCGAUGCCCGGUGUGCGGUCGCUGUUUCACGCAGAAGUCCAACCUCAAACGUCACAUCGAGUCGCACCGCGUGUGGCCUGGCGGCGCGCGUGAGACGCUCCCCUCCGACCCGGCGGCCGCCGGCGGACACCAGUGCCGGCAUUGUGCGCAGACCUUUGACGGAUAUGGCGCGUUCAAGUCACACCUUCGGCAGCAUGACGAGAUCAAGGUGUACCGGUGUCCGCAGCGCGACUGUGGCGCCACCUGUGACGACCAGGACCGCUUCCUGGAGCACCUGCGGCGCCACCACGCGCAGCUCGAGUUCACGUGCCACGUGUGUGGCCACGUGUUCACCUCGCUACGCCUGCUCAGUGAUCACGUGGCGGCCAGUCACGGCGGGCUCGCAGACGGAGAGGAGACGGAAAAGCCCUCGUUUUUCUGCCACCGCUGCCAGAGCCGGUACAGUUCUCUGUCCGCUCUGGAGUAUCACCUUCAGACCAACAGUCACAACUUCACCUGCAAACUCUGCAGUAAGGUGUUCAACUCGGAGCGGUUUCUGCGCCGCCACCUCCAGACCCACUCCUCCACACCGACUUUUACCUGUAAGAAGUGUGGCAAGGCGUUCAACACCCAGGGCUACCUGCGCGCGCACAUGAAGACACACAGCGACCAGAGGCAAUUCGUCUGUGAGACGUGCAAUAAGCGUUUCAAGCGUCGGGACCAGCUGCGUCGCCACCAGGUGAUCCACAGCGAGAAGCGGCUGCUCUGCCCGUUCCGCGCGCACAACGGCUGCUCGCGGACCUUCUCCAGAUCCGACAAGCUGAACCUGCACGUGGUGACGCACGCGGCCGCCCGGCACAAGUGUAAGACGUGCGGCAAGCUCUACAGCAGACAGGACGCCAUGACCAAACACGCCAAACGCUGCGUGCGGAUGGUGCCGUGUGCUACCUGUGGAAAGGAGCUGCCUCCCUCCGAGGUAUCUUCUCACACCUGCCCGGAAAAACAGCUCGACUGUGACGUCAAACUUCCACCAGAGUGUGACGUCAUCAUCACAGAGGACCGCCCACCAUCCGAGGCACCAGUAUCACCACCGCCUCCUCCAUCACCUCCAGGUGAAGUUGACGACCCUCCUCCUGCUGCUCCAUCAGUAGUGGAAGAGGUAGGCACCGGCUCCGAGCCUCCUCUGGUGCUGUAUGUCCCUGUGCAGCUGGAGGAGGGGUCGCGCAUGGAGCUCGUGUCGGCUCUUACUAUUCUGGGCUCGGCGGACAUUGGUGCGUAUGGGGAUCGGGUGUUAUUAGAGGACUCUGUGAUAGCGGCGGAGAGUGUCGAUGUGAUCAUGUCUGAGGCAGGGGCGGACGGAACGUGAUGAGAAGUGAUACUGAACUUUCAGUGUGGGCAAUUGAGAGGAUCUAAACAGCCCUGGUCCGAGCCAAGGACUGGUCAUGUGGAGAGAAACGUAUCGAUAAAACGGGCAGAGAUCAGAGCAUUUUAGCAGAAAAUCGAAAUGGCUGAAAAUCGAAAGAUAUUAUAAAGAAUGGCGCCCUUUGAAUGCGGUACACAAGCUACAGACCAAUAAGUACAACGGGAGAAGAAGAGAAUCGUAUGUGUCAAUCCCAGCUUGGCACGGACUAGCUGUAGCUGCGUGAAUGUUGUGCAUGGUUCAUCGGUGUGCUUUCACAACUGUGUGCCCUUUAUUUAGUGUUCUAUGUGCCCAACACCAUGCCUUUCUGGCAUUUUGAAUCCAUCCGUAGCUCAUCAUGACGUGUGUGAUCCAAACCUGCACAGUGUCAUUUCGAUGGUUAGUACAGCCUAGAAGACGCGCCUAUGCGUCAGUAGCUGGGUAAAUAGCCAAAGCGCCCAACUUGCCUGGCCCGGUCUCAUGGAUAGGUGACUUGAGCCUGGCUGCUUGCUCUAUGCAAGUUUUCUUGUUGCUGGUAUUGUAAGGUCGUUGUGGCUUAUCUGUGUCAAUCCUCAGUGGACGUCGCUUGGUGUUUUCUAUUUCAUCUCACAUGAGUAUCCAAUGUUAUCAAUGUGUUUUAUGUAGUAAAGCGCUUCACAAUAGCCUAAUGUGAAUGCAUGCAUUUGACGUUACAAUCCUGUUGUUUUCAUGUUCCCUAUCCAUUUAAAUCGUUUGCUCUCAGUGCUCUUGCCUAAAGCUAUUCUCGUGGUGGGUUGAUCGCAAGUUUUUUUUAUAUUUCAUGAUGUGGCAUUACAACUUACAAGUGUUAUUUGUAGGAAAAACUGGGUUCCGUGUCUGUUUGGUGUCAUUCCCAUUAGUAUUUGAACAUAAGUAUGUGUUCAGAGUGCAGAUGGCGUUUAAUUUCUUGCACCAAGUGUCCUUCCCCCCCCCCCAAAAAAAAACGUGAAAAUACUUAUUGUGUUACGUUCUUCAUUCGAAGUCUCCCGCCAGAGACUGGACGAUUGUAUGGGCACAAACGGUGGCAUGCUCACUCGGGAACAAAUUGUUUGUUAUUCCGUUAGUAUCGUGCGCCGCUCUCAUCAUAAUUUGCUGGUUAUGGCUGUUACGUUUGCGUUGUGAUUGUUUUGAAUUGUGCUUCACGGUUUUCUGUCUAGGUGUCUGUUUUGUUGAAUGUGCUUGUCGGCAGGUUUGCUGCAUUUAUUCGACUUGAGCUACCACCAAGAACGCUAUUUGUAGCAUGUCAUGUUUCCAAUGGAUCGUUCUUUCACUGCCUCGCCAAGCUCCAUGUUGCCCCUAAUUUUAGAUAUUAAAGGUGUUUAGGUACAUGUUAGAUGUUCUUUGUCUCAAUUGCAUAGUUUGGUAGCUUCAUGCGACGGCUAUUUGGGCAACGGCAUGCAUGUUCUGUGGCUUGCGAUUAAUUUAUGCCCAAACUGUA